AUGUCCUGCCAACAGAGCCAGCAGCAAUGCCAGCCCCCUCCCAAGUGUACCCCCAAGUGUCCUCCCAAGUGCCAGACCCCAAAGUGCCCUCCAAAAUGUCCUCCUAAGUGCCCUCCCAAGUGCCCGCCUGUCUCUUCCUGCUGUAGCCUGGGUUCUGGGGGCUGCUGCGGUUCCAGCUCUGGGGGCUGCUGCGGCUCCAGCUCUGGGGGCUGCUGCAGCUCUGGGGGUGGUGGCUGCUGCCUGAGCCACCACAGGCCCCGCAGAUCUCUGCGUCGCCAUCGUCACAGCUCUGGAUGCUCUAGCAGUGGGGGCAGCAGCAGCUGCUGUAGCAGCAGCGGUGGCAGCAGUGGUUGCUGUGGCAGCAGCGGUGGCAGCAGUGGUUGCUGUGGUAGCAGUGGGGGCAGCAGUAGCUGCUGUGGUAGCAGUGGGGGCAGUGGCCAACAGUCUGGAGGCUGCUGCUGA